UCUAGAGCGGCUUUGAAGGCCUGCGCUCCCGGGAGAGCCGUGCUGCCCUACAACCUUCGCCCCCUGCCCUCGCCUCUUUCCCACAACCCAAAAUGGCCGCUGGCGUGGAUUUCGGCGACCUGGAGUUAUUCGAGGCGUUUGACCCUCAAGAGGAGUCGACCCCGAAGCCCGUUCACACCCGCUUCAAGGACGAGGAGGAGGAGGACGACGACGACGAGGAGGAGAACGGGGUGGGGGACGCGGAGCUGCAGGAGCAGCUCCGGCACUGCGAGGAAACCAUCCAGCAACUCCGCGCCGAGAAUCAAGAACUUAAAAGAAAAUUGAACAUUCUGACAAGACCCAGUGGCAUGCUGGUGAGCAAUACUAAGAUAGAUGGACCCUUAUUACAAAUUCUAUUUAUGAACAAUGCUAUUUCAAAGCAAUACCACCAAGAAAUAGAAGAGUUUGUGUCAAAUUUAGUAAAACAAUUUGAGGAACAGCAAAAAAAUGAUGUGGAAAAGACUUCCUUCAGCCUUUUGCCCCAGCCAUCCAGUGUUAUGUUGGAAGAGGACCAUAAAGUGGAAGAAUCGUGUGCCAUUAAAAACAACAAGGAAGCAUUUAGUGUUGUAGGAAGUGUCCUGUAUUUUACUAAUUUUUGCCUUGAUAAAUUGGGGCAACCGCUACUAAAUGAAAACCCUCAGCUUACGGAAGGAUGGGAAAUACCCAAGUACCAGCAAGUCUUCAGCCACAUUGUUUCUCUAGAAGGGCAAGAAAUGCAAGUAAAGGCAAAAAGACCAAAGCCUCACUGUUUCAAUUGUGGUUCUGAAGAGCAUCAGAUGAAGGAGUGCCCAAUGCCUCGCAAUGCUGCUCGAAUAAGUGAAAAGAGAAAAGAGUAUAUGGAUGCCUGUGGUGAGGCAAACAGUCCGAGUUUCCAGCAGCGGUAUCAUGCAGAAGAAGUCGAAGAGAGAUUUGGACGAUUCAAGCCAGGAGUUAUCAGUGAGGAACUUCAGGAUGCACUGGGUGUGACGGACAAGAGUCUUCCCCCCUUCAUCUACCGGAUGCGCCAGCUGGGCUACCCUCCAGGCUGGCUCAAGGAGGCUGAACUGGAGAACUCGGGGCUUGCGCUCUAUGAUGGAAAUGAUGGUGCUGAUGGGGAGACAGAAACUGGAGAAAUACAAAAUAAAAAUGUCACUUAUGAUCUCUCAAAAUUGAUAAACUAUCCAGGUUUUAAUAUAUCUACUCCCAGAGGUAUUCCAGAUGAAUGGAGAAUGUUUGGUUCCAUACCAAUACAGGCGUGUCAACAGAAGGAUGUGUUCGCCAGUUACCUUACUUCUAACAUUCAGUCGCCGAGCAUGAAAUCUGGCGGUAAACGGUCUUCAUCUCAACCCAGCCCUAACAGUCCAAAGAAGCAGAGGCGGGAAGGCAGCCCAGCAGCCUCCCCUGCUGACAUGGAGCUUGACUCAGGUACGGUUUUCCGGGUCUGAUUUCUUGAGAAGAAGGUCAGUCUGUAUGCCCUGGGUCUGUGAGGAGGGCAAAGCUCCACCCUCCUUCGCUGUCAGAGCGUUGCCAUAGGUGCUGGUAAACCUGAAUUGGAAACCACACUUGAUGUGAGAAGCAGAGGGACCUUCUAGCCAAGUCCCUGAGUUUGGCAGGGUCAGGCCCCCGCAGUGCCACAGCUAGUCUGGCCCCUCUGGUGGGGCUUCACUCUGGGAAAAGCAGGAGGGCAUGCACACCUCCAACAGCUCCAGCUUCCGGAAGAGUUGAGCCCCUGGGCUCUAUAAGUUAGUUCUAUAAAUUGGUCCUAUAAGUUAGUUGUCUCCCAGGGACCAUGUGCUUCUAAAAAUUCAAAAUGGGGCAAAUCCUUGCCUCUGACACGAUCCCUUGCUUGGCCUUGUGCCUGCCUUCCUACAUCCUUCCCAUGGAACCUGUGCUUAACCAGGAUCAUGGUGAUCCUGACAGGAAAACCCAGUUUCCAUCUUUAGGAGCUCCUCCGACCCAGCCCCAACCACUGCUCGUUUGUGUUUGCCGGAUUCCUGGUUAAUUAGAUAAACUCGGGCUCUUCUGGACCCAAGGCUAACAAUUGUUUUCCACUCCAAAGUAGGCUGGGCUAGUUUUGUUGUAUAUAGCAAGACAGGUGUUCUGAGAUGGGGUAAAAUGGCAACAUGAUGAGAAGAUCCAUUAAAAAGACUGUGGUAACUGGGAUAACUGGUAGUGAGUGUGCUUACUUAGUUUGUGUGAGGACCUGGCACUGAAGGAAAAAAAACUUUGAAUGAGGUACAGAUAGUGUACUUUAUUCCAAACUUGAAUGUGAACACUCCCCAUUUUCAAAUUCCCAGGGAAAAUUUAAACGUGGACUAAAUUCCCUUAAAGUUCAAAGGAAUUGAAGUCCAAAAUUAAUUACUUUACAAAAAUUCAUAAUCUAUUAAGCUUGGUGUCCUGUAGUCCUUAGGAAACAGGCAGGAGGAUUGUGGGUUCAAGUCUAGCCUGGUCUACAUUGCAAGAUCCUGUCCCCAAAAGAUAAGCCAAUUAAGCUGCCAAAUCAUUUUCUGUUGUAUCAUCUCAGCACAGUUCCUGAGUACCAUGCCAGGGGGUUUCAGAUCCUGGCCUUCUAGCUUUACAGCCUUACUUCAGCAUCCAGUCUGACUGCACCCCACUCCCCCCAGCCCCCUAACCCCCCCACCCCACUUUACUUUUUGGUUGGUUGUUUUUGAGCUAGGAGCUCAUGUAGCCCAGACUAGCUUCAAAGUUACUAUGUAGUUAGCCCAAGCUGAUCUUAAAGUUCCCACCAUCCUACUGUGUUAGCCUUCCAAGUCCUGGGAUUCCAGGAAUGAUCCUCUACACCUGGCUGUCUAGUCAUAGAGUUAAUAGGGAAUAAAACUCUUUAACAGCCUUAGCUAGAGAUCCAUGAAAAUUUGAAACAAGCCGGGCGGUGGUGGCGCACACCUGUAAUACCAGCA